UCAAGAGUUGAAACAACCUUAAAACCCCAACCAUUUCUGCUUUAAAGCCCUAAAAUUUUCUCGAGCGAGCGAGAGAGAGAGAUUUUUGGUGAUUCCGGAGAUUGAAUUCGUUCGGACGCUGCAAUGGAAAGCGGUCCGAGGGAGAGCAUGGUGCCGGAACCGGUGCUCCAUUCGGCGAAGUCCACGUUGCUGGGCCUGGAGGCGCUGCGGACCCAGCUCCCGGAGUUCCUCUCCCUCGCCGACCCCGACGUCCUCGCCGAGCUGCCUCCGCUCCAGCGCGCCCGUGCCCUGCUCGUGCUCGCCAAGGCCGCUUCCACCCUCCUGGCCGUGAGGUUGAGGUGUAAUGGCGUCGACCCGGACGGCCAUCCUAUCAAAUCUGAGCUGGAGAGGCUAAGCUUGUAUGAAGGCAAACUCGAGCGGCUUGUGGAUUUGAGUAAAGCUCCACUUCGGCCUUCUACUACCUUGAAUCACCAAGCAGCCACCCGCUUCAUCGAGCAUUCUUUGCCUGAUCUCACCCCAGACCAGAGGCAGAGUAUGAGGGAACUAAGUAGAGGGGCGCCAAAGAGCUAUGAGAGGAAGAGGAAGUAUCAGUCUCCCGGGUACCAGUCUGUUCAAGCCACCACCAAGGCAUUCCUGGAGAAAGCUGCGCAGGAGCUUCUUGGUAGCAAUAAAACUGGUUUUAAGGGACCUCUGAUCGACGAUUCAGACGAUGAAGACGACCAUGAGGUCAUCAAGGGAUUGGUGGAGAUUUCGUCGGAUGAAGAUUGAUUUUGUUGCACAGGCCCUUUUUCUUGCUUUUCUGUAGAGCGGUGUCAUGCUUGUACAUUGCAAUCUAUAUCUGCAGAGUUCUUUGGUCAUUCCUGGUGCUCUUUUAUUUGGCCUCGUUCGCAUGAUUCAUGCCAUUCGGGUAGCCGUGCACUUCAAAUACUCUGACACAUCAGCUUUUAAUGUUGUUCUUUCUUUUCUUUGGCCAAAACAUCAGCUGAAUUUUGACAAUGGUGAAUUUUGACAGUGGUGAGGGGUGUGGAGUAUUGUAGUUAA